ACUAUAACAAAACUAUUCUAUUUUGAGCUUAACAUUAAGAAAAUAAAUAAAUGUUUGUGAUAUCAACAGCAUUUCUUCUGUAGCUGCAGGAACAUUUGACUCUAAAGUUCGUUACUACUUCCAUCUUUAUCAAAGCAAGCUUCAAAAGGUGUGAAACAGCUUUUUUUGGUGUCAUUUUUGCAGCAAAUGUCUCGUUAAUGGUCAAAAAAAUAAAUAACGCAGCCGUUAUUACUGAGGAAAAUAAUAGAUUUGCAGUGAUCCCAUUUAUCUUAUUCAGAUCCAGUUGUACUUUUUUGGGAAACUAUAUAUUUCUAUGUUUCAGCUGUUAUUUACUGAAGGGUUUCUGUUACAUAAACCCAAGAAAAUCAACGUAAUUUGGAAUAUCUUCAACAAAGAUCAACAAAUUAAAAGUGACAUUCCUUCACAGACGGUCAUCUUCAAGUCAUCGUCUUCCAGCAGGACCUUUGGUUGUCCACAGGGUUCUGGCCUGCAUGACUCCAGCUCUCUUGCGGCUUCCUGCAUGAAUUGUCCCACCAAUCAUUGUGUUAGGCGAGGGAUUAGCUCCACAGAUUAAAGUAGCCAUCUCCAAACCCCUGUUAAUCCUGCCAUCUGUCAGAGAGCAGAAAAUCAGCCAAGACCGUCUCCACAAGGCUAAUUAGAAAGGCAGGAGAAAACAUUCAAAGGGGGAGAAAAGAAAUCUUAAAACUCAGACUUUUCUGUUCAAUAUUCGGUUGUAGUCCCAAUGGAGAAGACGUACCUUCUCAACUAUCCAGGAGUCAAGAAGAAAAUUCUGGCUGGAGGCCAAGGACCCAUGCCUCAUUUUCCACCUGGAACAAAGCUGGUAUUCCAUUUCCAGACGCUUUUGGACAACUUUGAACGCACCGUCAUUGAUGACAGCCGGCUGGCCGGCAGACCAGCUGAGAUCUUUGUGGGAAAGAUGUUCAAGAUGGAAGUGUGGGAGACCCUGCUGACCUCCAUGAGGGUUGGAGAGGUGGCUGAGUUCUGGUGCGACGCUAUUCACACAGGUUUGUAUCCCAUUGUGUCCAAGGGGAUGAGGCUGAUUGCUCAAGGAAAAGACCCCCUGGAGGGCCAGAAGCACAUGUGCGGCAUGGGGAACCUAUUUCACUAUCACUCCACUGGUUUCCCAGAACUCGACGAAAUCAUGAGAAAUCCUCAGCCGCUGAUUUUCAUCAUGGAGCUGCUGCAGGUUGGAGACACCAUGUCGUACCACAAAGAGUCGUGGAUGAUGGAAAAAGAUGAGAAGCUCCAGACAGUGCCGAUCCUCCACAUGCAGGGCAAUGCUCUGGUCAAGCAGAAACAGUACAGAGAGGCUGCCAGCAAGUACAAAGAGGCAGUCCUGCUGCUGAAAGUGGUGCAGUCCAGGGAGAUGCCUGGUGAUGCUGACCACAUUAACUUGGGUCGAAUGAUCGUCCCCCUAGAGCUUAACUACUGCCAGUGCAUGCUGGAGCUGGAGGAGUACUAUGAGGUGAUCGAGCACACCACCGAACUGCUGGAGAAACACAAAGACUGUGUGAAAGGAUAUUACAAGAGAGCCAAAGCUCACACUGCUGUGUGGAACGAAAAAGAAGCCCAGAGAGACUUCAAGAUGGUUGCCCAACUGGACAUCACGCUGUCCUCGCUCGUCCAGCGAGAGCUGAGGGCUCUGUCCGAGCGCAUGAAGGAGAAGUACUGGGAGGAGAAGGAGCGCUACUGGAACAAGCUGGAGAAAAUGAAGGGAAAAAGUGAAGAGGAGGAAGAGACGAGCAAACCAGAAGACCCUGAAGGUGUGACAGCAACCACCGAGGACAAACCACAAGACGCAGCAGAUAAAACUCAGACAGAGGAAGACAAAGAAAAUAAGGUUGCACCUUAUAAGGGAGGAAAGGAGGAAGAGAGCUGUUCUGCCGUCAGUCUGAGCAGCCGUGAUGAAAGUGAGGGGAAGGACUGGCAGCAGAUGUUACAGCUGAUCACGUCUCUGCAGAACGAAGGAAACCUCCUCAUUAAAGAAAGGCGCUUUCGAGAAGCUUCUUUCAAGUUCAAGGAAGCUUUGGAAUACGUGGAUGAGCUGAAAGACCGGGUGGACGAGCAGGGCGACCUCUGGCGGUCUCUGGAGAAGGUGUCUCUUCCAGUCGUUCUCAACCUCAGUCAGUGCAUGUUGGAGCUGAAACAAUACCAGCGAGUGGUGGAGCUGAAUAACCAGCUCCUGAAGAAGCACACAGAUAACUUCAAGGCGGUGUACCAGAGGGCGCGAGCACACGCCGCCCUGUGCAACGAGGACGAAGCCCACAAAGACUUUGCUCUAGUGGAGAAGCUGGACCCUAAUUUCAAGCCAUUUGUCCGUCAGGAGCUGAAAAAGAUGGGGGAAAGCGUCCGAGCCAUGCACGCCCGCCAAAACAAGACUUACUGGGACACAACAAAGGAAAAGUGGGGGCAUGAUGGAAGCGAGGUCCAACGUGCUGCCAGACAGAAAAAUGCAAAAUGUGCCUCUAAAACCACAGAGGGGAAAAAGCAAGAUGAGAAGACAGAGGACAGGAAUGUUCAAGAGGAGGAAAACUCAGAAGGAAAGUGCCGUCAUGAGGAUGACGCAGCAGCAGAUGAGAAAGAGGUCCAGAAUGAGAGAGCGGGUAAGAAGGGCUUAGAUAAAGAAAACAUAGAGAUGGUCAAGGAUCCUCAAGUUGGGCCGAGUGGAGCAGAUAAUCACUCAAGAGGCAAAGAUAGUGACUCUGCAGCCGUCAGCCCAGCCAAAGAUAAUUCCGUGAGCAUAAGAUCAGUGAGAGAUAAAGGCAAGAAGAAGGUCAAAUGUCAGUCAACCGGCACACCAAGCGCAGGGGGGACAAACCCAAAAGGCAAACGCUCCGGUGGUAAGACGGGAAGAAGAGGCAGAUCCAAGCAAUAAGUUCCUGAAUGUUGAUGACAUCAAAGAGAACACGAGGCAGCGGAAAUGGUGGAUUUACCCCUUCAGGUCCAAAUAUUAACACACAC